ACAACUCAUACUUACCUUGCGGGCGUGUUCCCCUUCACGUACCUGGGAAUACGGGCCGUGGGGGCUCUCCAUAGCACGGCGACCCUGUCCGCAGAGGGCCCCUGCGGUUUGUAUGGGCUUCGGCUCAUGCACUCGCUAAAUAUUUCCCUGUCCUGCUUCGGCCCUCGGGCUGGGCAGGCUAUUUUUUAUGUCGGUCUGUCCUCCUAA